GCUUCCAUUCACGCUUCCCCUCUUGUUCUUGGUUCCCAGGGUGAGGACACAGAAUGGGUAAAUGUUGAUAUUUCAAAUCCGGAGCCUUCUUCAGACGAUUGGGUUGGAGUCUUCUCACCUGCAAACUUCUGACUCAUCUUCUUGUGCUCCAACAGAUGGCAAAGAGAUAGCACCUUUUAUUUGCUCAGCUCCUAUCAAGUACAUAUAUGCCAAGUCCAACCCUGACUAUAUGAAGACCGGAAAUGCGGUUUUGAAGUUCAUGCUUAUAAACCAGAGAGCUGAUUUCUCCUUUGCCCUCUUCACAGGGGGACUCUCAAAUCCAACUCUUGUCGCAAUUUCAAAUCAUGUAUCAUUUAUCAAUCCUAAAGCUCCUGUUUAUCCGCGUCUUGCUUUAGGGAAGAAUUGGGACGAAAUGAGCGUAAGAUGGACGAGCGGGUACAACAUAGAUGAGGCUGUUCCGUUUGUGGAAUGGAGCCGGAAGGGAACUCAAAGUAGAAGAUCACCAGCUGGUACCUUGACUUUUACCAGAAACAGCAUGUGUGGUGCUCCUGCUCGUACUGUUGGUUGGCGCGAUCCAGGUUUCAUCCACACCGCUUUGCUGAAAGAUCUUUGGCCAAACCUCGAGUACACAUACAGGAUGGGUCAUGAGUUGAUGAAUGGAUCGAUAAUUUGGAGCAAGAAUUUCACCUUCAAGUCCUCUCCUUAUCCUGGACAAGACUCGUUACAACAGGUCAUAAUCUUCGGGGACAUGGGGAAGGGAGAGCGGGAUGGGUCAAACGAGUACAAUGAUUAUCAGCCUGGUUCCCUCAACACCACUGACCAACUCAUUAAGGACUUGAAGAACAUUGACAUUGUUUUCCACAUUGGAGAUAUCACUUAUGCAAAUGGUUACAUCUCGCAGUGGGAUCAGUUCACAGCUCAAGUUGAACCUAUUGCUUCUACUGUUCCAUACAUGAUCGCAAGUGGAAACCAUGAGCGGGAUUGGCCAGACUCUGGAUCUUUCUAUGGCGGUAAAGACUCUGGAGGGGAGUGUGGGGUUCCUGCAGAAACAAUGUUUGAUUUUCCUGCUGAGAAUAAAGCUAAGUUCUGGUACUCUGCGGAUUAUGGAAUGUUUCGGUUCUGUGUAGCGGACACAGAACAUGAUUGGAGAGAAGGGUCGGAGCAAUACCGAUUCAUAGAGCGUUGUCUUGCCUCUGUAGACAGAAAGACUCAGCCUUGGUUGAUUUUUAUUGCUCAUCGUGUCCUCGGUUAUUCCACAAAUGAUUGGUAUGGCCAAGAAGGUUCCUUUGAAGAGCCUAUGGGAAGAGAGAGCUUGCAAAAGCUAUGGCAGAAGUAUAAAGUAGACAUUGCGUUCUACGGCCAUGUCCAUAACUACGAGAGAACCUGCCCCAUUUACCAGAAUCAUUGUAUGGACAAUGCAAAGAGUCACUACUCAGGAGCCUUCAAAGGAACUAUACACACAGUUGUUGGUGGUGCAGGAAGUCACCUGUCUUCGUUCAGCUCGCUGAAACCCAACUGGAGUAUCUUCAGAGACUAUGAUUACGGAUUUGUGAAGUUGACGGCUUUCAAUCACUCCUCCCUUCUCUUCGAAUACAAAAAGAGCAGCAACGGAGCUGUGCAUGACUCCUUCACCGUCUAUAGAGAAUACAGAGAUGUAUUGGCUUGUGUUCGAGAUAGCUGCGAACCAACCACUUUAGCUUCAUGAUUUCUUCAAGCGUUUGAUGGUGUGAGAUAGUAAAGAAACAGUCUUGGUUUCG